CCGAGCUUGUAAAGUAGGAAGAGGAGGAGGAGGAGGGGGGAAGAAGGGCGGGCACAAGCCUUUUCUCAAAGUCAAUAUUUUAUACUUUUGAUACUCCUUGACGCUGGAUUUCAGUCCUCUUUUCCCAGCCGUUUGUAGAUCGAGGACACGGACCUACCGUGCGCAGCCAUCCACGGUGUGAUCAAAAAGUAUCCGGCAGAAGGCACAAACAAACAGCGAGCCGGGCAGCCACAGGACGGGAGUACCGGGAGGACAGCGGCGGGGAACGACUACAGUGGAGGAUCGGGGGAGGAUCUUUUCUUUUCUUUUAAUUUCCUUUAGCCCAAAGAGAAGCGGGGACACAAAGUGCUGACCUCUCUCACGGAUGCACGUUAGAAGACAAUCAGAGGAGCACGACCAGGACAAGACGUCCAAUGGAUAUACCUGAAGACGCAGUAACCUCUCCUUCGUUCUCCCCGACCAGCUCCACUGUGUCCCCGCAGCACACCGCCCUCUGAGACAUGGAUCCGCGUUAACGCCCCCCUCCCAACUCCCAGCAACACUAUGGUUAAAGUGUAUGCCGAGAUUAAUCUCCGUCACAUUAUCCGCCUCUCCAUCCACUGCACAUCUCCCUCAGGAAGCCAGCCGUCAAAACAAGAAAGCGUCCCUUCCUCGGCUCUGUGGGGGCCGUCAGUAUUUGUGAACAGACACUGAGCCCAAGUUGCCGUUACAGAGUUCCCCGGUGAGCCUGGAGGCGAGUUGUGUUAAUUUACCUGCACCUCUACAUUUACAGCACAGCAGUAUGGUGGAACGGAUGUCCGCUUUUUUCUUAUGAUCCCCGCUCCAUGCGCUUCACCUCUCCUCUGAGCUCCGUGCCCCCUCACCCUGCGCCGGACCCCGCUCCAGACACCCCCCAACCUGCCAUGCUCCUCCAAGCCGUGUUUCUGCUGCUGAUGCACUGCUUGGCCUCCACUCUGGGCCAGUACGAACUGUGCAAGUCCCUGGUGAGCACGGAUGAGGGCUCGGUGUGGGAGCAGUACGCGUGCCAGCCGAAACCCGCGUCAAUGAAAGACUACAUGCGGAUCAAGGUGGACCCGCCCGGAAUCACGUGUGGAAACCCGCCCGAGAGGUUCUGCACAUUGGAGAACCCGUACCUGUGCAGUGACGAGUGUGAUGCUUCGAACCCAGACCUGGCCCACCCUCCUCAGCUAAUGCAGGAUCGUGAGCGUAACGGCCUAAUCACCUACUGGCAGACAGUCACAUGGAGACGCCACCCAGAGCCCCUGCUGGCCAACAUCACCAUGUCCUGGAACAAGAGCCUGGAGCUCACAGACGACAUCCAGAUCACCUUCGAGUAUGGCCGGCCCACUAUCAUGGUUUUGGAUAAGUCCAUGGACCACGGGCGCUCCUGGCAGCCCUACCAGUUCUACGCUGACGACUGCAUGGACGCCUUCAACAUGCCACCCAAACGUGUGCGCGACCUUUCGCCCGCCAACAUCACACGGGUCCUCUGCACUGAGCAAUACUCACGCUGGGUCGGCUCCAAGAACGAGAAGAACGUGAAGUUCGAGGUGCGGGCGCGCUUUGCUGUGUUUGCCGGACCGCGGCUACAGAACAUGGACAAUCUGUACACUCGUAUGGAAAGUAUGAAGGGACUGAGGGACUUCUUCACCUUCACCAACCUUAGGCUGAGGCUUCUCAGGCCCGCCCUCGGAGGUACCUAUGUCCAGAGAGACAACCUGCUCAAGUACUUCUAUGCCAUCUCCAACAUCGAGGUACCUGCCAGGUGUAAGUGUAACCUCCAUGCCUCCCAGUGCCUGCUGCAGGACGGGAACCUCCAGUGCCAGUGUGAACACAACACCACUGGCCAGGACUGCCAGCGCUGCAGGAAGGGCUUCAAAGCCAAGUCCUGGAAGGCUGGUUCCUACCUGCCAACACCCAAUGGAAACCCCAACACCUGUACAAUUGCUGGCUCACCCUCCGGUUCUAACUGUGAGUGCUACGGCCACUCCAACCGCUGCAGCUACAUCGACUACCUGAACAUCGUCACAUGCGUCAGCUGCAAGCACAACACCAGGGGCCAGAACUGCCAACACUGCAGACUGGGAUACUUCCGCAACGCCUCUGCCGAACUGGAUGAUGAGAGCGUCUGCAUCGAGUGUAACUGCAACCAGAUGGGUUCUGUUCAUGACCGGUGUAAUGGCACAGGCUUCUGCCAGUGCAAAGAUGGCGCCACUGGGGCCAAGUGUGAGGACUGUCUGCCAGGAUACUACUGGAAACAAGGCUGUUACCCCAACGUUUGCGACGAGGAGAUGCUCCUGUGCCAGAACGGAGGAACAUGCUACCAGAACCAGAAGUGCAUCUGUCCUCCGGAGUUUAAGGGGGUCCUGUGCCAACACUCCCGCUGCGAGGCGGGCAAGGACUGCAACGCCGCCUCUACCCUGCACCUCUCCACGGCCACCCUGCUGCUCUGCACUCUGCUAGUCCACCUGCUGGCCACCUUAGCUCCUCACUGAGCCACGAAAUCCCCCCUCUCAGGCCAAGGAGUGUGUUUGUGUUUGUGUGUGUGUGUGUGUGUGUGUGUGCGUGUGUGCGUGUGUGUGUGUGUGCGUGAGGCAAAGGGGUGACCCAGUAUGGGUAGGGCUGCCCCAGCCAUGGACCUGUUGAACACACAAUGCAACAUUUGCAAAAGCACACACACACAGUCACACGACACUAACUAUCUCCAGUCUCCAUUCAAACACACACACACACACCUCACAGGACUGUCAUGAUACGGAGUGUGUGCUCAGGUGUGAGAAGGACAAACGGAGGAAAUAAAGGAGAGGGGAGCGACCUCAGAGAAAAGAGAUGCAAAGAGGGGGGAAGAAAAGAAAACCCAUACCAACCACUGUUCCCUUUAUUCCUGAGCUGGAGCAACGUGCAUCAAACCAAAAAGCAUAAACACUGAAAUCACCACUGUUUCACUUCAAAGGGAAUGGCUGUUUUAUCCACAAGGACCUUUUCUUUUGUCGUCCUUUUUUUUGUUUUCUUUCAUUUUGUUUUUGGUUGUUGUUUUGUUCUCCUUCUCGGUUGAGUUGAGGAUCUCGCUUCCGUUUGACUGGCGGCCGCCGUGCGUGCGGUCAGACUGGACACGUCGGGAGGCGAGCUGCGCGUCCGGUCCUGCUGCUGAGGCCUACGUAGUACGUUAACCAGGUUUCAUUUCUUCUCGAACAAAGAUGAGACUUGAUUUGACAUUUAUUCUCCUUCUGCUGCUUUUUUUUUUUAAUUAUAUCUUCAGUCAUUGUAUCUAAUGUGCCCACUAACAGUCGCUGAGAUUAUACAUAUUAUAUAAUAUCCAGGGGGUUACAAAUUAUUAAAAAGAAUAGUCACUAUUAUGGUUGUUAUAGGAAUGAGUGAUUGUUGCCACACUUAGCGAGAUUUAAUCUUCACACAGUAUUCAGGAAGCAGAAUUUAACUUCUAAAAGAGAGAGGAAAGAUAUCAACCACGUAUCAACAUUAUAUGACAUUAUUUGAAUAUUUUUUGUAGAAAUUAUUUUUGUUUGGAGUUACAAUAAAUUCUAAAAAAGAAAAAUACAUUUACAAGUAUUCCAAAUGAGCAUUUUAUUACACUGAGUGUAAACCUUGCAGUAAAUAUGACUGUUAUUUGCCUUCUUGCUUGUACUUUUUUUUCCCAUUCAAUCAAGUGUCCACUUUACAUGCUGUCAGCUUCUUCUUUUCCCCCCCGGCGGGGUGGAAAAAAGCAACAGAGGAAGUUGAGACGAUAAGAGAGCCGUCACAGCAAGUCAUUCAUUUGAUCUGUGUCAUUCACUUUGGUGUUGAAUGCUCAUUACUGCAAACAGACUAUUCCAGUCUGUCUGACAAUCACACAGAAUUGCUUUCCUGUCAAGAGAAUAUAAAUUAUUUUAUUCUGAUAAAAGUUGAAAGGAGCUUUAAUAUCUGAAAAUGUCUGCUUGCAAAUAUAACACAAGUGGUGGGCUGCUAGAAUACAUUUUGCCGCGGUGCGAACAGCUGAGAUCACACGAUUCCCGACGGUCCCCAGAGACGCAGCGAACGACCCCGAGGCCGCAUUUUCUCAUCUCUAACCUUGAGAUCGCCGGUCGCUGAUUGCGAGGCUGCGUUGGCGGCACGUUGUGUUUAGCAAAAAUGGCCGUCACGUUCUUUUCCUUAGCAAGACUACAGCAUAAUUUCAGUGAGAAAUGUUCUAUUGCUGAGUCAGACCAGGUACGCGGUGGAUAAAGAGACAUCCUGGUUGCAUUACUCCAGGAUGCAGUGUACAUCAGAGAUAAAAGUGAGACUAAGCCUGCGAGAAAUGACAAGACAGGGAUUCUGGUGUUGCUCCUGUGUUUCUGAGCUGGUAGUAGCUCCAUUAGCUAUUCUGUGUGUAGGGCUCGUCCUCUCCGAGCCUGAAUGGUGUCAAGAGCUGAGACUUGGGAGGGAAUAGUUUAUGAGUGAAGAACAUUGAGAAACGAUGUAAAGGAACACAUUCAUAGCAGAUCAAAGAGCUGGCAGUGCUCGUAGCCAGAAGAAUGUGCAUUUCACUGUGCUGCAUGCAUUCAUUUGUCACCGCAGCUUGAUGUUUAGAUAACGUCAGGGAAAUGAGGUUCGGUCUGGGUGAUCUGUUAUACCAAA